GACUCUCAUUACAAACUAAGGCGCAGCUAAAGUAACAAGUUGGUCAUAAAAAAACAUUGCAACUUUAAUGCGUGGAAAGCCUUAAAUUUAAACAAAAAAAAUAAAAGAUGUUGUUCUUGAUCGUGUUUCAUAUCAUCGUGAGCUUAUCUUGGACGGGAGUUUGCGGUUGGAAUGGUAGCCCAGGGUACAAGGACGCCCCCACCAAGAAGACGGACGUGGGGGGCAGUUGUCCUCCCGGUUUCCAGUGGAACAUUGUCGAUCAAAGAUGUGAAGAUAUCGACGAGUGUGGUGAUGAUACCCAUACUUGUGAUCAGUUCCAGAACUGUAUCAAUACACUCGAUGGAUAUGAAUGUCGGUGUAAGCCUGGCUUCGAACUCGACUCCUCGGCUGAGUCAUGUGUAGAUAUUGACGAGUGUGCUUUAAACCAACACUUCUGCAGUAAUGGCCAACAAUGCCUGAACCUGCCAGGGUCAUUCAGCUGCAUCCCAGACGUUACCACGACCACCACUCAGUCACCCUCCGAGGAUAAUGGAUCUAGCGAAUAUAAUCCAGAACCAGCCUUUGACUGUGAUGACGGAUAUAAAAGGCAUGAAGGACAUUGUGUUGAUAUAGACGAGUGUCGCGAUGGUACCCACGCUUGUGAUGAUUACCAGGACUGCGUCAAUACACUCGGUGGACAUAAAUGUCGGUGUAAGCAUGGCUUCGAACUCGACUCCUCGUCUGGAUCUUGUGUAGAUAUCGACGAGUGUCGCGAUGGUACCCACACUUGUGAUGAUCACACGGACUGCGUCAAUACACUCGGUGGACAUGAAUGUCAGUGUACGCUUGGCUUCGAACUGGACCCCGCAUCUGAGUCUUGUGUAGAUAUCGACGAGUGUCGCAAUGGUACCUACGUUUGUGAUGAUCACACGGACUGCGUCAAUACACUCGGUGGAUAUGAAUGUCAGUGUAUGGAUGGUUUCGAACUCGACUCCUCGUCUGGAUCUUGUGUAGAUAUAGACGAGUGUCGUGAUGGUACCCACGCUUGUGGUUAUCGCCAGGACUGCGUCAAUACACUCGGUGGACAUGAAUGUCGGUGUAAGCUUGGCUUCGAUCUGGACCCCGCAUCAGGGUUGUGUGUAGAUAUCGACGAGUGUCGCAAUGGUACCUACGUUUGUGAUGAUCACACGGACUGCGUCAAUACACUCGGUGGAUAUGAAUGUCAGUGUAUGGAUGGUUUCGAACUCGACUCCUCGUCUGGAUCUUGUGUAGAUAUAGACGAGUGUCGCGAUGGUACCUACGUUUGUGGUUAUCGCCAGGACUGCGUCAAUACACUCGGUGGACAUGAAUGUCGGUGUAAGCUUGGCUUCGAACUGGACCCCGCAUCAGGGUUGUGUGUAGAUAUCGACGAGUGUCGCGAUGGUACCCACGCUUGUGAUGAUCACACGGACUGCGUCAACACAUACGGUGGACAUAAAUGUCGGUGUAAGCAUGGCUUCGAACUCGACUCCUCGUCUGGAUCUUGUGUAGAUAUCGACGAGUGUCGCGAUGGUACCCACGCUUGUGAUGAUCACACGGACUGCGUCAAUACACUCGGUGGACAUGAAUGUCGGUGUAAGCUUGGCUUCGAACUGGACCCCGCAUCAGGGUUGUGUGUAGAUAUAGACGAAUGUGAAACGGGCGAGGCUCCGUGUGCAUACAGCAGUGAUGCUGGCUCUGUGUGUAAGAACACACGCGGUAGCUACUUCUGUUACCACAUCGAUUGCCCACCGGGCUACAAGCUGGAUGCCAAGCAGCGUUGUGUCAGGAAACGGAGCGGCUGUCAACUUAGACGCUGGCAAUGUUCACAGCAACCUGACUUAUACUGCCACAAGUUCUUCACUUUUGUCGCCAACGCUUCCUUACCUUUCGGAAAGGUGGACUUCUAUACAAUGCCGAGACCUUCCGAAUUGUGGAUCGCCCUGUUUACGAAGGUGAACUACGAGCUGCGCGUGGUAUCGGUGCAGGCGUCUCCUGGUGUGCAACCAGCUGACCUAAGCUGCUUCAAGAAGCGUGUACUAUUCAACGGCUGCGUGGUGUCCCUCAGGUGCUCCCUGCCCGGCCCUCAGGUGGUAGAACUCGAGCUAACAAGGUCUAUCGUCGGAAGUACCAGGCUCGCGCGCAGCACAGUCGUGCGACUCUUCGUAAUUAUCUCGCAAUAUUAAUUCUAGUUGUAUUGCAUUUUUAAUUAAUUGAUAUCCAUUAAAGAAAAAGAUAUUAUUAAAUGAUGUAUACUGAUAUUGCAAUAAUAAAAAAGAUAUUAAUAUAUAAAAUGGUGAUAACAUAUUGAUAGAUAUUAAUUAAUAAUAUUUAUGUUAGUUUUUGUUAUAAUAUCACAUUAUUCUUAAGAUGUAAUAAGUACAAAGUGACUGGAUACUAAAUGUGUCGAAAUGUAUGUUGCCGUACCCUAACCGGGUUUCAUGUUGAGACAAAUGCUCCUAAUUAUGUAUCAUCUUAAUGUACACAUGAAUGUAAUAAAUGAUUUGAGUUUGA